CCUCCGCCGGCGGCGACUUCGAAUCGACGCGGGCGAGGGUGCCGUGCAGGCCUCGGGUCUCCAUGCACCAGCACCGCCCAGAACCUGCUCACUCCGGGCUGGCCAGAGGGCCUGGCGCCCCAGGUGGUCCCAAUUCCCCAGCCUCAGCCGCUGCUCCCUCCCAGGCACUCGGCCCGUGGACACUGUUCUCCGUGGAUGAGGAGUUCGAGGAUGAGGAUUUCUUGUCUGCCCUGGAGGAUGCGGAGAGCCGGCUUGCUGGGGUGCCACCCAGGACGGCAGGGCACCUGUGCCCCACGUCUUCCUGCCCGAUGGAGGCCUCGAGGUCACCGAGCCCAAGCCCCCUGGCCCUGCGCCCACCUGCCCCGGGACUCUGCCCCCCCACCCCCUGCACGCCAGGUGCUGUCGAGGACCCCUGCUCCUCCAGAACGGCUCCCCUGAGGCCGCUCCUGACUUCCAGCAGCUGGCUGGGCGGACAGAGGCCAGUGUGGGCCAGGGCAGCCCUGGAGGGCCCGGAGCAGGACAAGGUGGGCCAGGACCUGGCUGGCCUGGAGCUGGAGCUGGGGGCUGGCACCAAGGACCCCAUGCCGGCUAAGAGGGCCCGGAUCACAGGCCCGAGUGGGUUGAGCUCCAACCCCAUGAGUGCCCGCCCCGGCCAGGGGACCCCAGAGCCUGCUGGGUCCCCCAGGGCCACCCUGCCGGGGCACACACCCCAGCUGCGCCUCCCCACAGGGGCCCCUGCCCACUGUGGCCCCUGGAGCCCUGCACCCAGGCAGCCCCUUCUGCCGCCCCGCACCUGGGCAGGCGGCAGACCCCACACUCCCAGACCCCAAGCCCUGGGAGCCCACAGCCCGGCUGUCCUUCUGGGGGUGGCCCCACCAUCCCGGGCCCCUGCUCCCCCCGCAGUAUCACCCAUCGGCACCCUGAGGGGCCCCCGGGCCCCACUGCAGACGCCCAUAGUCACCAACCACCUGGUGCAGCUGGUCACCGCCGCCACCCCGACCCGGGUCCGGGCCUGUAGGCGCCGCUUCCCUGGCCCCGCCGGGCUUCUGCCGCAGCAGCAGGGCGAGAACCCAGAGGAGAUCGUGGUUUCCACGCUGCAGACCCCGGCCCACGGCGCCUUGGCCAAGCUCCGCCCCGAGUCCCUGGUCACCAGCUCCCAGGCGUCCGCAGAGGAGGAGUUGGGCCAAGGAGCCUGGCUGGCCAUGAAGGAGGCACUGCGGCUGGACGACGGGGACCCCGCCUGCUUCCUGCACACCUGCAGCGUGGCCACGGUGCUCCGGAAGGCCGCCCUGAAGCAGCUCCCCGGGAACAAGGUCCCCACCAUGGCCGUGAUGAUCAAGUCCCUGACUCGCAGCACUGUGGAUGCCAGUGCGGUGUUGAGAGACCCCACGGGGGAGAUGCAGGGGACGCUGCACCGGGCGCUGCUGGAAGCCUGGCAGGGCGAGCUGAAGCCGGGUGCCGUGCUGCUGCUGCGGCAGGUUGGUGUCUUCUCCCCAUCCCUCCGAAACCACUACCUCAAUGUGACGCCCAGCAACCUGGUCCACGUUUACAGCCCAGAUUCCGGGGACAGGGACCUGCUCCGGCCUCCGCAGCCCACCCUCGAGGGCCCAGGAAGUUCCUGGGGAAGACGCCAGCCGGAUGUGGGUGCACAGCCUGGGCUGGGCCUGAGGACAAGGCAGAGCCCAGGAGCAGGGGUGUCCCCUGAGGAGCAAGCUGUGGACGAGUCUUGCUGAGUCAUCCAGGCUGGGCUCAAUUUGCAGCCCUUCUGCCUCAGCCUCCUGAGUGCUGGGAUGACUGGUUUGUGCCCCAUGCAACCUUCCCAGACUGACGCUUCCUUCCUGCCGCUGCUGCCCAACCUGGGGCUCAGCUCCAAGGCGCAGCUGAGACAGUGGUGGACUCGAGGGCUCCCUAACCCGCCCAGGGAGUGGGGCUCUUGGGUGGAGCCUGAGCACACGCACCUUUCAAGAGGGGUCUGGUUUUUUCUUUACACCCCGUUCUCGGGUGGGUGAAGUGGGGCUGUCAGAAGCCCCCUACCACACCCAGGCCGCAGGAAUGAGGAUCAGUGCUGUUGGAGACUGGGUCUUGCCAGGUGGCCUUGGAGUCAGGGCCACCCUCCCGCCUCAGCCUCCCCACUUCAGUGCUGCUGUUAACAAGAACGGGUUCCCUUUUUUCCACGCCCUACUCACUGGGCCUGGGCUGCCACUGUCCCUAUGGCCAACCAGUUCUGAACACUUGUGAUGGCUUCCGAGUCUCCCAGGGACACUGCCCACCGCAGCCAGGUGGUGGCUCUGGGUGGAGGACAGAGGGCCCCUUGCACCUGGCGGACGGAGGCGGGGGCAGUCUGGUGUCCUCCUGGGAGCCGAAGCCCUGUGCCGCCCGCCCAGUGCCCAAGUGCUGCCUCUCCGUGUCACAGACGGCCUGGACCGACUCCUCAGCGAGCUCCCAGACAACCUCUUUACUGGCAGUGGCGGCUCGGGCCACCCCGAGGCAGGGCCACCGUGAGCAGCAGCCUGUA